UGUGUGUGUGUCAGGAUGAGUGUUCCCAUGUUAAAGAUUGGUGCGGUGCUCAGCACUAUGGCUAUGGUGACUAACUGGAUGUCCCAGACUCUGCCAUCGCUGGUCGGACUCAAUGGAACCGUCAUCUCCUCUGAGGGCACACAUGAGCGGAUCGUCAGUGGUUUGUACCCGGGCUCCGAGGAGGGCUGGCAGGUGUACAGCACGGCUUCGGAUCCUGAUGGCAGGUGUGUUUGCACGGUGGUCGCUCCGGCACGAAACCUCUGCAAACGAGACCCUCGGAGUCGACAGCUACGCCUGCUGACUGAACAGGUUCAGAACGUGAGCCAGUCCAUGGAGGUGGUGGACCUGCGGACGUCCAGAGACCUGCAGUACGUCCGAGACUCUGAGCCCCUGCUGAGAGGAGUGGACGGACGUUUACACACUUACGUCGCCAACCCCCGCACUCUGACAGCUAAGGGCCUGCAGGAGUUAAAGGGCCAGAUGUCUCAGCUACGACCCCUCCUGUCGGUGGUGGAGCAGUACAGACUGGACCUGCAGGCCCUGGCCACCCUGCGACUGGAGCUGCUCAACCUGUCCAUCAUGCUGACGGCCAUCCAGGAGGAGAUCGGAGCGUACGACUACGAGGAGCUCCAGCAGAGGGUUUUACUGCUGGAGACGAGGCUGCACAGCUGCAUGAACAAACUUGGUUGUGGUCGCCUGACUGCAGUAAGUAUGCCAAUCACCGUGAGAGCCUCGGGGUCCCGCUUUGGCUCCUGGAUGACCGACGCAAUGAUUCCCAGCUCUGACAGCAGGGUGUGGUCGAUGGACGGCUACUAUAAAGGCAGGCGUGUGCUGGAGUACAGAACCAUGGGGGAUUUCACAAAGGGGCAGAACUUUGUGCAGCAUCUGUUGCCCCAUCCCUGGGCGGGAACCGGCCACGUGGUCUACAACGGGUCUCUCUACUACAACAAACACCAGAGCAACAUCCUGGUUCAGUACCAUUUCCGCUCCCGCAGCGUGUUGCUGCAGCGGAGCCUGAGUGGAGCCGGAUACAACAACACCUUCCCCUACAGCUGGGGAGGAUCCUCCGACAUCGACCUCAUGGCUGAUGAGAUGGGACUCUGGGCCGUCUACACCUCCAUCCCCAACGCUGGAAACAUCAUGGUGAGUCGUCUGGACUCUCGCUCGCUGGAAGUCCUCCGGAGCUGGGACACGGGGUUUCCCAAGCGCAGCGCAGGGGAGGCCUUCAUGAUCUGCGGCACCCUCUAUGUCACCAACUCCCACCUGGCCGGCGCCAAAGUACACUUCGCCUACCACACCAACUCCUCCACGUACGAGUACACCGACAUCCCCUUCCACAACCAGUACUCCCACAUCAGCAUGAUGGACUACAACCCCAGAGAGCGAGCGCUGUACACCUGGAACAACGGACACCAGGUGCUCUACAACGUCACACUGUUUCACGUCAUCAGGAGUGACGGAUAGAUCGACACAAAACAAAUGUUUAAAAAUAAAAAUAAAAAGAGAGGGAGGCAAUGGGUCAUUCCAGGAUACUGCAACUUACGCAC